AUGGUCUACGUACGGCAGGAAUUCCUGCCCAACCUGAAGCAAUAUAAAUACUCAUCGGUCGACCAUUCGCUACUUUCGAAAUACGUGCUGAAGCCAUUCUACACCAAAGUCGUCAUCAAAUGUUUCCCCAUGAAAAUGGCGCCCAACCUGAUCACGUUGACGGGCUUCAUGUUCGUCGUCGCAAACUGCCUAACUCUGCUUUGGUACAACCCAACACUCGACCAAGAUUGCCCCUCGUGGGUCUACUACAGCUGGGCCGCUGGCCUAUUUCUGUACCAGACUUUUGAUGCUGUCGACGGCACCCAAGCUCGCCGUACCCAUCAGUCCGGCCCCCUCGGCGAACUUUUUGAUCAUGGCGUCGACGCCCUCAAUACGUCGCUCGAGGUCCUUCUCUUCGCUGGCUCACAAAACAUGGGACAGGGUUGGAAAACGGUCGCAACCCUCUUUGCGAGCCUGCUGACAUUUUAUGUUCAAACCUGGGACGAAUACCAUACUAAGACGCUGACACUCGGCAUUGUCAACGGGCCUGUUGAAGGCAUCCUAACCCUUGUCGGUGUGUAUGCGCUCACCGGCUACAUGGGUGGCGCGCAUUUUUGGCAACAGAGCCUACUGGCCACCUUUGGUGUUUCGCAGACCACGGCGGGUUUCACCAUCCCCAGCAUUUUGUACGACUUCUCGUUCACCGACUGGUACAUGGUACAAGGCACCAUCGUCCUCGUUUAUAACACUAUCGAGUCGGCCAAGAAUGUCAUCAGGGCGCGCCGAGCACGCGGCGACAGAAGCCGCUAUGCGCUCUUCGGUCUAUUCCCCUUCUUCGCUGCCUGGACCUUCAUAAUCACGUAUCUGGCUCUGCAACCUAACAUUCUGCACUGCCACUUGGUGCCCUUCGUCAUGUUCGCCGGUCUCAUCAACGCAUACAGCGUUGGCCAGAUGAUCACGGCGCACCUGGUCAAGCUCGAGUUCCCCUACUGGAAUGUCAUGGUAGUUCCCCUGUCCUGGGGCGUCAUUGACUCGCUUGGCCCUCUCAUACUGCGCUAUUCCCCUGUGCCUUGGCUGGGCUGGCCCUCGGCUCUAGGCGACGGCGUCUACCAGGUCGCGUUCAUGUUCUGCAUGCUCGGCAUGGCCAUCGGCGUUUACGGCAGCUUCGUCGUCGACGUCAUCGUUACAAUUUGCGACUACCUCGACAUCUGGUGCCUUACCAUUAAGCACCCCUACGUUGAGGGCCUUGACGGCGAGAAGUCUCUGCAAGUCAAUGGUAAUGCUAAGAAAGCCGCUUAUCCCAACGGCAAAGGGAAACACGCUGCCUACAUGAACGGGAAUGGAAAGAAGUCGGAGUAG